CCCUGUGGGUUCGACCUUUCUACCACUAUAUUGCAGUUUUAGCCUUUAGUGGGUUAUUACAACUUCCAUGUGAGGGUGAGCUCGAGCCCGAUCGGAGUUAAUAUAUAUCAAAUAUUUGAGUUUCCAUAUUCACCGGCAGAGCUGUAAUCUUGUACACUCAGUUUGGUCACUAGUGCACAUCGAACACCUCUCUACUCUCUCAGUUCGAAUUCGCAAAAGAGUGCAAGAAGUCUUAAGUUUUCUUUGGGUGAGCUGGUCCUGCGGAUCGAGGAGGGGGCCUCCUGUAGUCCCGGUCACGCAUGUAAAGCAGCAAACGGUUCUUCCUCUGUGAGAGAGAGAGCGGAGGAGAGAAUGGAAAGUGCAGGUGCGUCCAUCGUCAGGGAUGCUGCUGAACUUGCGACAGGGGGGAUGGACUCCGCAGACGAAGAACUGGAGCUUCCUUCCGCUGUUCAGGACCUUAUACGGAAGCUGGAUAACAAAACCGAGCCUUUACGGUGGCUUCCCACAUUAGCCUAUCCACAAUUUCAGGAUUUUUUUCCGCAGCGUGCAUUGCUUUCGACUAUCACAGGGUGGCAAAGCCAAGUUCGCCUUCGAGUGCUGGAGGCAAUCGGCAGGUGCAACACCCUUCAAUAUCUGGAUGUUCAGGAUAUUUUUAGCGGAGAUAUUUCGAGGCUAACGGCUAACGAGUGGGAGGUACUUCUGAGAGGUUUUAGCUGUAGCACCCAUCUACGAGUGAUAAGAGUUGAAAGAUUGACAUGGACCUCUCUUGCGGAAGUGGAGAGCUUGUGUUUACAGCUGGGGGGAAUUCUGAGAACCUCUAGUGUAACAGAUAUGAGAAUUGGCGAUUGCAGAUUGAGUGAUAGAUGUUUCUUGAAUCUCGCAUCAAGACUGGGAGGAAAUUACCAGUCUAAACUCAAGACUUUAGAACUAUGUAAUGCAUGGAAGGACUCGAGUGCGAUGAAGCAUAUGGCUGACAUGAUCAAGAGUGCUACUCGAUUAGAAACUUUGGAAAUAGGGGGUUCGUGGGAGCGCAUGUACGACAUGGAUGAGGAGGCCGCUAGAAUCCUGUCGCAGGCUUUAAUCCAGAGCUCAUCCUUGAGAAAAUUGGUUCUAAGGGAGGUGAAGGGCGAAGCGUCGGCCUUCUUGCUGAAGGCCUUCAGCAAGAAGGCAUUGGAUGGAGAUGGCGGCAAUCAAGCUAUUCAAUGUCUUCAUCUAAUUUCUGUGUUUGGACUCGGAGACUCUUUACGAGAACUUCUGAGCUCCAACUCAUACUUGGAGGAAGUGACGUUGGCAGCCAUCGACAUGCGUCCCGAAGAAUGGAGCCGACUGGGCCAAGCCAUACGCGAGAAUGCUACAGCAAAAUCUAUUCGCGUAACCCAUUUCAUGCGUCAGAAAGAUGACUUGAAGGGAGUAGAAGAGCUUGUGUGUGCUGCUAGCUCAGAUGAUAAGGACCCCAAAGUGGAGCUGAUUAUCACAUUUUACGAUUACGAUGCAUUGAUCUCAGCACUCAACUUUGUGGGUGAGGUAUUGCGCGGAGAAAUCAGAUCUCUAGAAUCUUUGAUUCUAUAUUUCAAUUGUUCUUGCCCUCCAGGCAGCAACGAAAAUAGAAUGCCAAGUAUCGUCCCAAUGGAUGAAAAUCUUAGAGACACUACAGUCCUGAAGAGACUGAAAUUAUUUUUCAAAAAGAAAGAUACUUUGAAGGGAGUAUGGAAGUACCUGCUUGUGUGCUUGCGAAAUAACACAAGUCUCACUCAAUUGGAUUUGUCUGACUCUGAACUCGAUGACGAGGCGUUCAGAGACCUGAUGGGGCUACUUCAAAAGAACUUGACUCUCCGGGCGAUAGAAGUCUCAGGAACCUCAUGGCAAACGGACGGAAAGGCGGCGCUGAUUCAACAGGCCCUCGAGCAAAACCGGAAGCGGGCAGAAUACAUGGCCGUGUUCCGAGAAGCCAGAUUAGCGUUUCGAGAUGCAAAAGCUGGUCGACUCUUUUUAUGCGGCUCUCCUCUAGCAGGCAAGACUCAAUUGCGUCAAACCCUGAUGAGGAUAGUUCAAGUCAAGUUGAAAGACAAAGUGGCGAGGUUGUUCAGAACUACAGGAAUUGAAGUGGAGUUUUUACAAAACAAUGAGAAGAGGCAAAUCUCAAUUUGGGAUCUUGCGGGACAAGAGAUUUUUCGUACUCUUCAAAAUGUGCUUUUCCCUCCAACUAGCAGUUUUUGUGUUUUUCUCUUUGUGUAUAGUACUUUCUGUGACAAAACAUCUUCGAUUAAACCAGCAUCUUGUCUUCAGAUAGAGUUGGAGGAAUGGUUGAGUUUCAUCACAUCCUGCACGAGGGUCACGGGAGAUAAUCUUCCACAAGUUCUUGUUGUGAUUUCACACAAGGAUAAAAUGCAAUCCAUUCCUUUGACGUGGGCUCAACCAAUAGUGGAAAAUCUGUCAAAACAAUUUGCAAAUUUUGUGGAUGUCCAUCCUAUUCAAGAGCGUUUUCAUAUAAAUGCUCGAAAGAAGAAGCAAGUUGUUCCUCUCAAAAAUCACAUUUUUCAAAUAUUUGAAAAGUUGUUGAGUGAAAGGUCCCCACAGGUUCCUAAAUUGUGUUUUCAACUCUCCUCUGACUUGGUUACAAACACCAAGAAUCACUCAAGUUGUCCUCUUUGGACAUCUCAACAAUUUCAUGAAUUCUGUACCCCUAGGUUGAGAAAACUCAUUCCAUCUUCUCCUCCUCUCUUCGUUGAGAGAAUAAUUAGUUCCAUCAAAUCCUAUUUGAAUGACGUUGGAUCUAUAGUUCAUAUUCCCAAUCUUGAUUAUAUCAUCGUCAAUCCAAAUUGGCUCACGAAUACAUUAUUGGGUGAGCUGAUAGCUUUUGGUCAAAAUUUUCAAGCUCAAGAUUCUGAGUCUUCUGAUAGAUGGAGCUCAUACACAAGCAAGGACGGAUUUGUGAGUGAGAGUGUCUUUGCUCGGUUGAUAGAAGAGUUUCUAGAAAAGCAACCACAUGGACAGAGAAGUGUGGACAGAGAGGUGCUUGAAAACAUCCUUAUCAAUUUGGAUUUGUGUUUCAAGCUCGAAGAUACUUCUCUGUAUUUUAUUCCCUCCUUCAUACCUGAGCAUGCAAGCAUGGAAGAAGAGUCGGCCGUACAGUCGAUGGCUUGGAAAACUUGGAAUGAGACUUCAGAGUUUGCGGGCAUGCGGAUUCAAUGCCAAGAUGCAAGAACAAUGUCACUGACCACAGCUUUUUUUCCAUGCUUUCAGAUGUUCAUGAGACGCAAGUUGAUAUCGGAGAUGGGUUUUUCCAAGGAAACUGUGACCUGCUCUCGAUAUUCUCUGCAUCUUUUCCUUGACGGGCAUGAAAUUUAUGUGGAGCAAGACAAGUCGCACAAAUACGUGGAUGUUCUAAUGUUAUGCUCGAGUCAUCAGCCAAGGGAGAGGGCUACUAAAUAUGUGACGAAGCAUAUCGUCCAGGAGUUGACAUCAUUUUGCGCAUCAUCAAAAGGUUGUCCCGGGGUGGCGUUAGUGUUGGGUGUGAUCCAAACACAUUGCGUGGAGAUGUUGAUUCCAAGUAAUCUCAGAGGAGCCAUUCUCAUCGAGGAGCUGAAAUCGGACUUCAUUCGUAGCAUCAAUGACAAACUUGGAGAAAUAUCAUUAAUCAUGUUGCACCUCAACAUGUUGGAGAAGGAAGAGUUAUUGGACUAUGAGCACUGUUGGCCCUCGAUUGGAAGAGACAUAGGCAGAAGAUCCGAACGAGCUAGAGAUUUGUUGUGGGAGAGUGAUGUGGAAGCAGUUGUGGAUGAGAUUCUACAGAAUAGAAUCCAACAAUUAGAGUCAUUGCAGGAAGGUCUAAUUACAGUGGAUUAUGAUUUGGCUGAGUGUUAUUUUGAAGGUGAAAACAUGAUUAGCUGCUCCAAUGCCCCCCAAAUGAAAGACCUCGAACCACUUUCAUCCAGGUGCUUGAGUCGGUCCAGCACAAGUGAGGAGAAUCGUUCGACCCAACUCAUACUCGAUCGACUUAACUUUGAGUAUGAGCCGCUAAAAGGAGAGGUUCAGGGUUUGCAUAGAAAGGUUGAUAAUAUAGAUGAGAGGUUGAGUAAAGUGCAUAGCAUCCUGCAAAGAGUGGACAUGAAAAUACAACACAUACUCUCUGUGCAUCAAGAACUGCACUCAAUGUUAAGUCCCUUCAUGUCUAAGGUGGAGAGGAUCAUUGGCUAUUCUCAAGCGUUUCAGCGGGGGGAAGUACCCGGACGACCUUACGUUACAGAUGAUGUUGGAGUUUUCUAUAGGUUGAAUGCAAAAUUGCAUGUCGGGACAACUGUUAGAUUACACUGUAUGUGUGAGUCGGUGACUGGGUUUCACCCCGUCAGUGAUCAAGAAGGGUUGAGGUUACGAUUGGAUUCGGAGAAUGUGGAGUGAAUUCAGAAAACUAUUGAAAUUUCAUACAAAGUCAUAUAUUAUGGUGCAAAGGCUGCACUGCCUAAGUUCUUGAGCUGGGGCGCAGGGAUUCCGGCCUGGGAAGAUUUGGAAUCGGAUAUUGUUAAACUGGUUGGUAUUAGCAGUGAAGAUCACAGGGCAAUCCUAACAGGUGGGGAAAGCAAGGAGCUGCAAGAAGCAUGGUUGAGGAUUCAGCAAACUCUUGCGCCUCAGCUUCAAAGAUUCUAUUCCGUAAUCUUCAAGUUGUAUCAGGUGAAAUAUUGGAGUUUAGGAAAAGGUGGGCACAAAUGGGUGUGCGAGAAGUGCAUGAAUAAAGGUCUUCGUUGUGGAAUUUUGACAUGUUAGGAUUUUGAAGAGGUUAGAAUGCCACUAUGAAAUUGAAAAGCAUAUGUUGAGACCCUAAUGCAAUAUACAACUCUGCAACAUCUUCCUUGCAGUUUUCACAAGUAAAAGUCUUUUAUAAUCUUUGC